AUGACUCGUAUCAGUGUUCCCGGGGCGCCACGACCCCAAGACGACCUCAAGACCGUCGUGGAAACAAGGACACGGGAAUGGCAUUUCCAUAUUUAUUUCCUGUUGCAAUCUCCCACUGAAACGGCGGCAGCGCUGGCUCUUCGUGAUGCCGUAUUGAGGCUCCGUCGCGAUGGUGCCUUUGUCGCUGUUCCAUUGCACAGAGUCAACAAGUAUCCAAUCGGGCCGCAUCCUGCUGGCUCAUACGAGAUCUGGGUUCCGGACUCGUCCUUCUCCGAAGUCUUCUUCUACUUGGCAUCAAAUCGAGGAAACUUGAGCAUCCUUAUCCAUCCGCUAACCUCGGAGCAACGCCGCGAUCAUGAGACGCGCAAUGGCUGGAUGGGCACGCCUUGGCCCAUCUACCUCGACAGCUUGCCUACCGAAAGCGACGAGGUUCCGCUUCAGUAUUCUGAACUGCGUCUUGGUUGGUCUGCCGCGCCGGAAGAGGAGAUUUCUCUCGAUGAGAGGCGAAGAAGAGGCGCUGAGGUCGAGGCGCUGUUGGCUAGAGAUCCUGAAGCAGCUCCAGCUCCCGUGGAUUGA